GGUGCGGAGCCGGGGCCGGGGAACAUGCGGAUGCGGGCCAGACAGGGAGCACGGCGGGGGAUGGCGGCGGCGGACCUGCAGGAGCUGCGGGCGCUCGUGGAGCGGGCGGGCGGGCGGCGGGCAGUACUGCUAGUGGCCGAGGUGGUGGAGGGGGCCCCGGCGGCGCCCGCGCUGGCCGCCUUCGCCUGCGACCUCUUGGGCGACGAGGCGCCGCGCGCACCGUGCCCGGGGCCGGUGCCGGGGUGCCGGGCGCGGCGGGCGCCGGACGGCGGGCGGCGGGCGCUUGGAGCGCGGCUGCUGCUGGUGCUGUGCGGCGGCGGGGCGGCGCGGGACCGCGGAGCGCGCAUCCGCCUGCGGGAGGUGGUGCGGGACGUGCGCGGCCGCUUGCCCGCGGGGCCGCCGCCCGCCGUCGUGGGCGUCCUGCUGCCCGGCGGGGACGGAGAGGACGCGGCGGUGCUGGACGCGGCGCUGCGGCGGCACUUCCCGUCGCCCGGAACGGUGCAGGCGGCCCGGUACAGCCCGGGCAGCCCCGGAGACUGCCGUGCCGCCGCCUGCCGCGCCCUGCGGGCCGCUCUGCAGCACCCCGCAGAAGACAUGAAAGACAGGGAGAGGUGGAGGCUGCCAUCAUUCCUGCAGUGCAUUUCUUGGAACCAGAGGAGCUGGAGAAAAGAUUACAAAGCAAAAGCUGAAAACAACGUUCAUGAAGAUGACCUGCAGGACCCUGAGGAAGAAGUGGCUCUGGUCAGCCUUUUCCCCAAGGGAAACUGUGAAGAAGCUGCUGGAGGCACAGGCACCUAGAGCUGCUGGGCAUCCAACACAGUCCACAUCCCAGACCCGCCCAGUGGAUUUGGAGCAAUGGGAGGAGGAGCUGGUACAGGCCCUCUCCUCCAAGGACCCACAGCUCCAGGGUAAAGCUGCUUGGCUGAACUUGUCAGGGUUUUUGUAGCUGCCACCAGCAUCGAGGGUCUGUGCCAGAGAGCCAUUCCCUGCUGUGCCCUGCUGCCCUGGGGCACCUGGAGCUGCAGGUGGACACUGGGCUUCUGAGAAGCCCUUUGGGGAUGUACCCCACAUCCUGGGCAAUAUGACGUUGGGACUUUGAGUGUGAAAUGCAGGCACCUGUUUGAAGAAUGAGAAACGUUUUCUAAUUCUGAGCAAAGUUCCCUGCUGAGGUUGCUGGGGCUGGCCUCGCUGGCAGACUGAUUCUAUUGCCUUGUAUUCCUGCUUUAUUGGUGAUGGGAAGUUCCCACCCUCUUUGUGAUUAAAAACAAAACAAAACAGAACAAAACAAACCAAAAAAUACCAAAAAAAAAAAAAAAAACAAACCUAACCAAGUAACACAGUGACUUAGAGACUGCAGUGGGAUUAAAUGUGAGCUCUCGGAUCUACCAGCCACUGAAAAGGCUUGAACGUAACAGUGUAACAUGAAGAAUGCAGUAACAGCCCCAGCUUGAGUGGCAAGAGUAACAUGAAAGAUACUGAUAGUACUGGCAUCUAGAUCAGAGUGGGCUUUGGAAGCAGGAUCUAUCCCCUCUGGCUUGUCCUGGUGGUCAUAGGCUAACUGAGGGAUGCCUGGGUUGGAGGGGGUGGCAGGUGGGUACCAAGGUGUGGCUGCUGCUAGCUGGGGCUUCAGGAGAGGG